CCUUAGUUUCCCUCGACGUUGGUCGUAGCAGUAAUGGCCUCUCUCCCUCGCUCAGAAAUCCAAUCCCUAUCCGAUCUCCACCCAAAGCCAGAGAACGUCACUUACCAAUAUGGUACAGCCGGCUUCAGGACACUGGCAUCCGUAUUGGACCCUGUCCUAUUCAGAGUAGGCAUCAUCGCUGCGCUGCGAAGCAAGAAAUUCGAUGGCAGGACCGUCGGGGUGAUGAUCACCGCGUCCCACAAUCCUGAGGAUGACAACGGCGUCAAGAUAGUUGAUCCGCGAGGCGAGAUGCUCGAAGCAUCGUGGGAAGGACACGCUACCGUCCUCUCCAACGCUACAGACUUUGUCGAAGCUCUAGAGGCGUUUGUGCAAACAGCCAAAAUCGACUUGGCGAAGCCAUCUCGCGUCGUUUACGCGAGGGAUACGCGGCCGUCCGGCCCGGCGCUCGUAGCCGCUCUGGAGGACGGGUUCAAGUCUAUUGGAGCCGAUGCGAGGAACGCCGGUGUUACUACGACUCCGAUUUUGCACUACUUGGUCCGAGCUAUCAACACCAAGGGUACAGAGGACUCGUACGGGGUUGAUUCGGAAGAAGGCUACUUUAAGAAACUCAGCGGUGCUUUCAAGAAGCUCAUCGCUGGGAGACCAACACCGCCACCACUGCUCAUUGAUUGUGCUAAUGGUGUCGGUGCCAUUGCUGCCGAGCAAUUAUCUCAAUACCUAGGUGAUACCCUUCCAUUUUCUUUAGCGAAUACCGCGACAACCGCUCUUGGAGUCUUAAACAAGAACUGCGGUGCAGAUUUUGUGAAGACGACACAGAAACUCCCUCCAUCGUUAGCCGACAAAUUACAGCCUGGUGAACGUGCUUGUAGUCUUGACGGUGAUGCCGAUCGCCUAAUACAAAUCGCGGCGCUGGUUGCUGCUUUUAUUGUCGACCUCGUCAAACUCGCGGGUCUUGAAAACGAAAUCAAAGUCGGCAUCGUGCAAACGGCUUAUGCCAACGGGGCCUCGACAAAAUACCUCCUAGAACGUCUUCCUGUCAAAUGCGUGCCUACUGCCAACGGACAUGGCACCGUUCUCUUCUCGAGCACUACACUGGCCACGCUGAAAUCCCAUCAACCACUGUCACCUGCCCAGUCCGGAGCUCUAGAACACUUGAUCAGCUUGACGGAGUUGAUCAAUCAGACGGUUGGGGAUGCGCUGUCUGAUAUGCUUCUCGUUGAAGUUGUCCUUGCCCAUAAAUCUUACACUGGUGUCGAGUGGGACUCGCUGUACGCGAUCUGCCUAACCGGCUUGUCAAAGUGGUUGUUGGUGAUCGGAAUGCGUUCCGCACGGAAGAUGCUGAGAGGCGGCUUGUUAGUCCUCCGGGGCUUCAGCAGAAGAUUGAGGAGCUGGUUAAUUUGUAUCAGGGUGGUCGUUCUUUUGUCCGCCCUAGCGGCACGGAGGACGGUUGUUAGAGUAUAUGCAGAGGCUGCUAUACGUGCCCAAGCUGAUGAACUUGCGUUCAGAGUGGCUGGACUGGUCUACGAUGAAGCUGGUGGGGAUGCUGCUCAGCGGCCUAAGGAAUUCUUGUGAGAUGGGAGAUGUUUUUCAAUUUGACUAGCAACGGAAUGGACAUGCAUAAUGGUUGUACUUAGUAACAGUUUGCCUAACUUCGAAAUUUUCAAUGGUC